AUGGAGAGAGACCUACUGAUGCCAUCUGGUGAUGCGGGGCCGAGUAUUGGUGCUGACUUUGAGGCUGCGGACUCGGCCCUGCUCGAAGACAUGCAGUCUCACAGUCCUCCAGGGAAGCACGCCGUCUCAGUUCUUUGGUCGUUUGGAAAAUGCCUCGGUGCACUGCUGCCUGUAUACUUGGCGGGUUACUUUGGAUUCAGCAUCAGUUUAGUGGCGUUCGGUCUCAUUGUUUAUAUGGCAUGGAAACACAGCCGUGAUGGCAAGCAAGCGCGACUGGACUCCGCCAUGUAUGUAUUGCAGAACGAAAAAGCUUUCACCACUUCAGCGGUCUUCAGAAGUAAACGUGAUUUACCUGCAUGGGUGAACUUCACAGAUGUGGAGAAAGUUGAAUGGCUUAACAAGAUUCUCCUUCAGGCCUGGCCCUUUGUUGGCCAGUUUUUGGAGAAGCUGUUGGUGGAAACGAUUGCGCCCACCAUCCGAGCCUUAAACACCCACCUACAGACAUUCAGUUUCACCAAAGUUGACUUGGGAGAGAAGGCCCUGAAGUUAGUUGGUGUGAAGGCACACACAGAACAUGAUAAACGUCAGGUGCUUCUGGACCUGUACAUUAGCUAUGCUGGAGAUGUCGAGAUUAACGUGGAGGUGAAGAAAUAUUUCUGCAAAGCUGGAGUGAAGGGCGUUCAUCUGCAUGGAAAACUAAGGGUUAUUCUGGAACCACUGAUUGGAGAUGUUCCCAUUGUUGGUGCCAUUACCAUGUUUUUCAUCACCCGACCUAAGCUGGACAUCAAUUGGACGGGGUUGACUAACUUGUUAGACAUCCCAGGACUUAAUGCCCUGUCAGACAAUUUGAUAAUGGAUGCAAUCGCCUCUCACCUGGUCCUACCCAACCGCCUCACCAUCCCUUUGGUGGCUGACCUGCACGUAGCACAGCUCCGCUCCCCCCUCCCACGGGGUAUUGUCCGUAUCCACCUGCUGGAGGCAGAGAACCUGGCUGCCAAGGAUAACUACAUCAAGGGAGUGCUAACUGGGAAAUCUGACCCUUAUGCAGUGCUGCGUGUGGGAACCCAGGUCUUUGUCUCCCACCAUGUUGACAAUAACCUGAACCCACAGUGGAGGGAAAUGUACGAGGUGAUUAUCCAUGAGGUGCCUGGUCAAGAGUUGGAGUUGGAAGUUUUUGAUAAAGACCCAGAUCAGGAUGACUUUCUGGGAAGAGUCAAGUUGGAUCUGGGGAUCGUAAAGAAAGCAACAAUACUGGAUGAGUGGUUCACCCUGAAAGAUGCUCCAUCUGGCCAAGUCCACCUCAGACUGGAGUGGCUCUCUCUGCUGCCCUCUGCUGAGCGCCUGAGUGAGAUUCUUCAGAGGAAUCAAAGCAUCACCAUCACCAGUAAGACUACAGAAUCGCCCUCGUCAGCCAUCUUGGCCGUGUAUUUGGACAGAGCCCAGGACCUACCUAUGAAAAAAGGCAGUAAAAACCCAAGCCCCCUGGUCCAGCUGUCCGUACAGAGCACUGCCAAAGAGAGCAAGAUUGUUUAUGGCACCACCAACCCAGUCUGGGAAGAUGCGUUUACUUUUUUCAUUCAGGACCCUGGCAAACAAGACAUUGAAAUUCAGGUGAAGGAUGAAGACAAGACUCAGACCCUGGGCUCUCUGUCCAUUCCUCUCCCUCGUCUUCUGGCCAGUCCUGAACUGACCAUGGACCAGUGGUUCCAGCUGGAGAGAUCAGGACCUGCCAGUCGCAUCUACAUGAAAGCUGUACUGAGGUUGCUGUGGUUAAAUGAAGAAGCGAUUCCUACCAGCCCAGUUUCUCCCUAUCCCUCUGAUCCCAUACCAGGGGAGGGGGAGGGGGACAUGACAUCAGAGAAGGGGGGGUCUACUGUAACACCCACUCCGACACCCACACGACCCCAGCACACAAGCCCAGACCCUGGCUUUGCCUCUGAGGGGGUUUUGCGAAUUAACCUCGUCGAGGCCGAGAACCUGGUUGCCAAGGACAACCUGAUGGGUGGUAUUGUGAAAGGCAAGAGUGACCCCUAUGUCAAAGUGCGUGUGGGUGGCAUCACAUUCAAGAGUCAUGUGGUCAAAGAGAACCUCAAUCCAACGUGGAAUGAACUCUAUGAGGUGGUUCUGACACAGCUGCCGGGUCAGGAGGUCCAGUUUGAGCUGUUUGAUAAAGAUCUGGACCAGGACGACUUCCUGGGCAGAUUUAAGAUAGGUCUAAGAGACCUCAUUGACUCACAGUUCACUGAUGAGUGGUACACGCUGAAUGAUGUGAAAUCUGGACGAGUUCAUCUCGUGAUGGAAUGGCUGCCCAGAGUCACAGACCCCAACAGACUUGAAGAGAUCCUGCACUAUCAGUCCCUGCUCUCCUAUCGGAACAAAGCAGUUCCGUCAGCUGCUCUGCUCUUUGUGUAUGUGGAGAGGGCUCACGGCCUGCCUCUGAAGAAGAGUGGGAAAGAGCCCAAAGUAGGGGCUGAGAUCUCACUUAAAUCUUUCUCAUACCGCACCAAAAUCGCCGAACGCUCUACUUCUCCACGCUGGGAUGAAGCGUUUUAUUUUCUGGUUCAUAACCCAAAAGAGGACGUGAUCGUGGUGAAGCUCUCCCACAGUUGGGGUCAGGCCCUAGGAUCACUGGAGCUGCCCAUGAGAGACCUGCUCUCUGAGGAGGGAAUGCUGUUGGACCGCUGGUUCCCUUUGGAAGGGUCUCUCCCAGAGAGCCAGAUACUAAUCAGAGCUGAACUCAAGCUACUGGACUCCAAAUUGGUAUACUGUCAAGAUGGGACAGGGGAAGGGGAACAUAUCGUCCCCAGCAGAGAGACAGCUACCUCGACCAAUCAGGAGUUCCGACACAGGGCAGCACCCACCCAUGGUAUUGAGGCGGAUGAGAGUGGGCGGGGACAGGUGAAGCUGUCAGUCAAAUACUCCACAGAAGAGAAUAGGUUGGUCAUCACUGUUCACGCCUGCAGGAAUUUGCCAUCCCGCUCCAAGGACGGUUUGGAUGCUUAUGUCUCCUUCAGCCUUCAGCCAGACAAGAACAGAGCCACUAAAAAGAAGACCAGUGUCAAGAAGAGAGACCUCAACCCAGAGUUCAAUGAGAGGUUUGACUUUGACCUCUCUCUGGAGGAGUCAAUGCACAGACACCUCGACCUGUCUGUGAAAAACAGCGUUUCCUUCAUGAGUCGAGAGAAAGAGCACGUUGGCAAGCUUCUGCUGGACCUGAAUCAGUUGGACCUCAAAUCAGGAGUGACACAGUGGUUCAAUCUGACAGAGGAUACCAAGUGA